AUGGAGUGUUCAUCUCUCUGCCCGACACCGUUCGGUACGUGGCUCAGCGAAGCUGAAUCCAAGGUACUGUUGCUUGUCGACUUCCAAGGUCAAAUUAUCCAGAAGGUCAAACAUUCCUGUGAUAUCACCGACAUCAGUGUUUCACCAAAAACACAUAAUGUGUGGUUUUGCUGUGCCGGGAAUAGGACCAUCUAUGAAUAUUCGUCCUCCAGUGCACACGGUCCAAUGUUUGAAACAGAAAGUUGUCCAGCAUGCCUCUGUGUCACAAAGGACGAACAAAUAGUGGUAUGGACGAAAGAUCCGGAUUUCCUACACGAGAGGGUGUUUAUCUUCACAACAGCAGGCAAAGUGGUAUUUUCAACUUGUCCAAUGGACCAAGAGGCAUGGCCGGUACGAACUCCGUUCACCAUCACACAAUGUUCAGUGACUGGCAACCUUGCUCUUCUCUGUAGAGGGAGUACCAACGACGAAGACGCCUGUGGCAAGAUAAAUGUUUACAACCAGGAACUGAUCUUCCAAUUCUCCUUCAGUGGAGAUGGUGAGGCCACUGGGCAACCUUCUUUUGUUCCGUGGUCAGUGGUAUACGACAGCAAGGGGAAUCUGGUAGUAGGGGACGAACAGGGGAAUAAAAUCCACCUCGUCAAUGGGACAGGGAAUUACACGAGAACACUUAGAUUUGGAGUACUAACUGACAAUUUAGCUUUAGGCAUUCAGUCGGAUGAUGUGUUGUGGCUGUGCUUUUAUUCCGUCAAAGCUGAGAAACGAGGAAUAUUUGGAAAAGUUGUACGAAAGUUGUCUGAUUCUUCGUCAGAUUUACCAAAAACGGAAAUAAAGACAAUGAAGUAUUACAAAUAA